CAACACUUGAAGAUUGCCUCUUCUCUCCUUUCUCACUCUCGCGCAUCCACACACACUCACACACUCAAUUCCAUUUUCUUCUUUAAAAUCCAAAUCCAUUCAACCGAAUGCAAAUUUCUCCGAACAGCCACUUCGAAUCACAACAGUAUGACCUGCGUUCUUCCUCCUUUAAGCCACAUGAGACCAUCAACCCUCCUUUCUUCCUCUAAGCUGCACCCAUCCCUCAAAAUUCUCCACCAUCACUGGACAUCAACGUUUCUUCUUCUUCAUCGUCUGAAACCACCAUUCGGCCAAGACCACGAUCACAUAAUCCUGCACAAUACUCUUUUUGCCAUGUUCUAUCAACUGUUAAUCUGUUAAGAAGGAUAAAGAAGAGGAAGAAAUUGAGUGUAGGAGAGAGUUGCAGGAAGGCUCAAAGAAAGGAGUGAAAAGAAGAAAGAGGAACUAAAAUUUUGUGUGGAACCGGUUCGUGCUUGGAAGAGUCGACCACUUGGGCAUUAGGAUAGAUUAUUAGUAGCCAGAUCAGAUUUGGAGAAGGAUUGUAAUGAAUAAAAAGAAACAAGGUUAGCAGGUGAGUUGAGGCCGCGAUUGGGUGUGAAAGGGAUUGAUCAUAUUUUCUUUUGUUUAAACAUGAAUGAUGUUUAAGUUGUAAUGGAGUUCCUGUAGUCGAAGGCGACUUUGAUAUUAGAUAGUAUGGAAUAUUGAAAAUAUCAUUUGCUUUAGUUAAAUUUCCGCCGUUUAAACUAGAAAUUAAAUUUGUAAUAUUUAGUUGGUCUUGUAUCACAAAGCCUUGGGCGAGAGAUUGUCCAGCGGCAACUCAUUUAGUCAUCAGACACGAUUUGUUUAUCGAGCUGGAGAUUUGGGUCGUCACACUGGGAAUGGGGCCAUCCGUCUCGAACAUCACAUCAUCAUCCAGGAUCUCAAUUUCCUCCUCAUCGUCAAAGAGAUUGAAUUCCGGGUUCCAUUUACCGUUUAGCAUCGUCUCACGGUAUGAAGGUGGGGGCGGAGGGCGAUUCUGUGCUUCAAUUGGCUUGGGGUCCUCCGAAUCGUCUAUCAUCAUCCAGAAUAUGGACUAUUUUUUGAAGACGGGUAAUAUAUACAAAAAGAAUUACAGUAACAUAUUUUGAGGUAAAUAAAAUAUUAUUUCAAUGCAAUUUUACUCGAGUCCUAUAACAUUGUAAAAUAAGAAUGUUAAAAGUAAAAUAAAAUCAGUAAGUGAAGUUGGCGGGUUGUAAGUGGAACUACAAAUGUAUAAAGGAUCUAAAAAAUAUCCCAUUUGCAAUGUUAUAUACAAAGUACUCUAAAAUAGUUGGCUUUUCAUUGCUCUUCCUUCUGUUGGACCCUGGCCUUACGUACUUCAAAGUCUGUUCAUUUAGAUGCAAAAAUCCCUUUAAAAUAAAAAAAGUUGAAAGUAAAAACACUUAUAGCGGACUGUUUUCAUUGGCCAGAGGAUCUCCGAAGCUCGAACUGGCUGACUGUCAUAGAAUAAAGGUUUAAUUACAAAUAGAUAAAACGUUAGGGACUUGUUCUGCAAUAAUGUAUAGCUUGGCAUUUACCAUCGGCAUAAAAGUAACUGUUGCCGGCCAGUUGUAAUCCAAGAAAAUGUAUGAAAUUACUCCCUCUUUCCUCCUCGAUCAUUCUGAUUCAUCUUUGUAUACGGAAUCCUUAGAUUCCGUUCCUGACAAUUGUCGGAUGGAAAUGGUGACGACCACGCCGUCUUUGGCGAUCAAGGAUACGGAACUUCGUUGGCAGGAACAGGAGCUUUUGACGGUUAUGGCGGAAAAUUCUUUACGUGCUCAAUCAGAAAUAAUGGAGUUGAGGGAAAUUGAGAUAAUGAAUGUCUCAUUGAAUCAUUUAGCUCGAAUGAUGAACUUUGGAUAGAAUGCGCUCUGUAUUGCGGAGAGACGAAUUUUCCCAAGAAGAAAUCUCUCAUACAGAGUUGAAAACCCUAACCGAGGGAUUAUCGAGAAAUUGCUCGGAAUCCUCGCCGGAUAUCGCUGGCGAAUCGGCGUUAUCAAGGAAGUGCAGUCACCGGAAUUUGCGAUUUCUUUUCCCGAGGGUGACAUGAGAGCUCCGCAGGACUUUGGCGGGGAACAAGAUGUGUUCGAUUGGCCGCAAUACUUGAUUUCUUCUGCUCGCGUUUUCGGAUUCGGGUAUCAGACAGAUUCACAUUCGUGCAGCAAUCGUUGGCUGAGGGUUUGCUCAAGAUUGGUAUCAAGUUAUCGUGGCGGAGAAGUUCGUUCGUCAUUUGGGUGGUAAAUAAUCGAAGGAGCAACAUGAUGUCAGUUCAAUAAAAUUUACAGAUGCAUCACCAGGUAAUUCUAUUCCUUCCAAAAAUGUAACUGGAAUUUCGCCUUCCGUUGACAUUUAGGUCGAAGAUGAUGUUCUAUUGUUAACAAAAUGAUGCCUAUGCAUGAUUAUGAUGUUGAUUUACUGGACAUUAAGGAUGAUAAUCAUGUGAUGGUUGUUAACUCUGUGACUUCAAGGGAAUCACGAACCAAGUUGAUGAGAUUAUUUUGGCUGAGAAAGUAAUUGAUGAUUCUAUUAAAAUGAAUUCUAUUAAAUGAAUUCUUCUAGUGAAGAAACGUUGCUAUUGGGUGAAUUUGUGUGUUUGAAUGAAGAAAAUAUUUCAGGAACAUUGGAAAUAGUAAAAGAUCAUGUUGUUCCAAUUGUUGAUUAGCUGAGGCAUUCUCGUGAUUUAAGCCAUGAUCUGAUCGAAAAAUUAGAUGAAAGUUCUCUGGUGAAGCUUAACAGGAUAACUGAUUCUUUGAAAUGGCUACUACGGGGGAAAUGAUAUUGGCUCUCGGAAGUUUUGUAGUUGUGAACAAUGAUGCAGGUGAAAAGUUGUUUGGUUUUGAUAUGGAAAUGAUGAUGUUGACUAUUCGAAAUGUGCAUGUAUGGGUAUUGUUGGGAAGACUGGUACAAUUAGUAUAGAGAAUCAGAAAACUCUUCUUGGUUUUUGUACUGAUGGCGGUUCGUGUAUUACUGAGGAUAAUGAUUCUUUGGAAUUAGACUGAAGCUUUAAUGGUAAUAUGAAUACUUGGGUGUUUGAUCCUGUAAUCAACACAUAUUGUUUGGUUGUAGUAAUGAAAGUAGACAGGGGGACUAGUUUUAUUGAGAGAAAUAUCCCUUGGUAGCUGGUUCAAUAAGGACAUUGAGGAAGUUGUAUUGACAACUUUUCGGUCGAGGAAGGUGUCACCAUUGUAUUUAGCUACAACUAAUUCUGAUCUUGAUGUUCAGUUUAAAAUGCUUAUUUGGAAGGGAACUGUAACUUCCUACUCUUUUCCAAACCUUGAGGACAAGGUUGAUUUUUAGGGGAAUGGAAUGGUUGUCAAAGUUCUGUGGCAUGCCUUGGAGAAUAUUGCAUGCAUUGUUACAGUCAAUCUCAAUUACUUUUGGGAUUUUAAUCAAGGAAGCAGCUUCAUUGGAAAUUGGAAAUCUGUAUUAAUAUCAGGGGGUAUAUAUUUAUAUUCAGGGGCUAUAUUCAUCGGGUGUUAUUGUGUCAAUGUGUGAAGGAAGAUCUCUGUCAUUCGGUUCGCUGGAAGAUAUUGUCAAUUGGAAGUUGAUCGUAGGAGGAGUUGCUGAAAAUGUUAAGAGGAGACAGUGGAGGGAUUUAACUUCUAAGAUUAGUUGCAACAGGAUGGAGGGAAGCUAUGAUCUUUCUCUGUGGCAUCAAUGCGAAGUAAAUAACAGGUUUGCAGUAACUCUCUCAUUGAUUUUUGUUUUGAGGUUGAGUUCAAUUUGUGAGAGAUUCCUGAGUGAAGAACUCAAGUUGAUGAAUGUGAUUCUUUUGUUUCGAAGUUAUUGUUCAGUUGCUUCAGAUGAAACGAAAUUCUUCAAGGUAAUAACGGACCAGUGUGAUAUUGUUAAUCUGGUUGUUGUUGGCAAUAUGCUUGUGACAUGUAUGCUUCUGCUUUGCUUGAAUGUUGAUUCUACCUGUGUUGAAAAUAGCGAGAAUUUGGUAGUAUUUGUAGUUUCUUGGAAGAUUUGGUUUCUUGAAAAGUGGAAACUGAUGUUGAGAAUCAUUUCUUUGGAGAUACUACUGUGGUCAAUGAGAAAGGGAGUAUGGAUGUGGGAUUUCAUGUUAGAUUUGGGAAGAAUACUACUGGUUUGACGCCUAAUGUUCCACCUGGACUCAAGUGCGGUUUGGUUAAGAGAAAAAUAUGAACUGAAGAAUUCUUGGAUAGGAUAACUUGAAUGCUGGAUUUUAUGGGAGCUGAGUUGAAGGAGUGAUAUUUCUUUAGUGAAGCAGAAUUUGGGAAUUCUCUUUGAAUCAUUAGCACUAGUAUUAAGUGACCAGAGUUAUAUGCCAUGGGGUCUGCACCUGAGCACAAUCCACAACAUUCAAGUGUGAAGAUUCCAGAGACCUUGGGACAAGCUUGGGACUUCAUUGAAAGGUGACCCAUUGUUUUGCAAGAUGAGUGGUGUGUUUGUCACUAUAUACUGCUGCCACAUGAAUACUGAAGUCUACUUAUCAACUGGGCAGUCUUGGCAGCAACUUUUCUUCCUUCAAAUGCUACCAAGUCAAAUAAUAUUGAAGCUGGUUAUUGGUGUUGUUUUGGGAAUCAUAUCUGCUAGUUUAGUUUUCUUCAGUAUAUAAGUCUUGAGGACAAGACUUAGAUUAGCAGGAGGGAGUUGUCAUAGAAUAAAGGUUUAAUUAGAGAUAGAUCAAAGGUUAGGGAAUUGUUCUGCAAUAAUGUAAUAGUUUGGCAUUUACUGUCGGCAUACAAGUAACUGUUGUCGAUCAGUUGUAAUCAUCAAAGAAAAUGUAUGAGAAUACUCCCUCUUUUCUUCUCUAUAAUCCUAAGAAAAUGUAUGAAAUUACUCCUUUCCUUCUCUAUAAUCC